AUGCUGGACGACAGUUCGCAGACCGUCCUCGGGGAGAUCGCCCCAGGAUCCCUGUCGCCCGCCGCCUCAUUUCUAUCUCAACAAGCCGCAAAGCUGCAGCCGUUCUGUGGCGAUGUCGAAGGAUGGGGUCCUUUGAGCAAGACGAGAUUCGAUCUGACGCCUUGCUUCUUGGAUAUCGGUGUUUCGUUGGUCGCUGCGUUCGGGCUGGUGCUGGGGAGCGGUGCGCUUUGGUUUCUAUUCAAGAAGCGCAUUCCCCAGCCGGUCUCGAAGAAUUGGCAUUUCUACGCUAAGCUGGUUGUUCUAUCCGCCUUGUUGUUCACCACCGCUCUGCAAGCAGCUUUCCAAGUUGAGAUCUACGCCAAGUGGUUUGCCGACUUCCGGUUCUGGAGCACCAUCCUCGUCUUUGCCUCGUUGUGUGUCAUCUUCGCCGUACAGUACUAUGAACAUUGGCGCAGCCGCUAUCCGAACGGGGUCGUCCUCUUCUACUGGCUGUUCUUCAUUAUCGCCUAUGCUGUCAAGCUGCGGUCGCAUGUAUCGCGGAAGACCUACGAAGAUCGCCUGCCGUAUUUCGUUAUCAUCAAUGUUAGCCUGGGACUGUCGAUUCUAGAAUUUGCAUUGGAGUACUUGGUUCCGAAGAAGCAGAGUGCCUACGAUGCGCUGGGUGACGAGGAUGAAUGUCCGUACGAAUAUGCGGAUAUCUUCUCCGUCCUUACCUUCAGCUGGAUGACUCCUAUGAUGAAAUUCGGGUACAAGAACUUCUUGACGCAGGAUGAUUUGUGGAAUCUUCGGCGCCGGGAUACAACCCGGGCCACCGGUGCUACACUGGAGGAGAACUGGGAGUACGAGAUGCAGAAAGAGAAGCCUUCACUUUGGAUGGCGCUGUUCAAGUCUUACAGUGGUCCAUAUGUCCGUGGAGCUAUCAUCAAAUGCGGAAGUGAUGCGCUGGCGUUCGUUCAGCCGCAGCUCCUGCGGAUCUUGAUUGAGUUCAUCAACUCGUACCGGACAAAUGAUCCCCAGCCAGUCAUUAGAGGAGUUGCUAUCGCACUUGCUAUGUUUGUGGUUUCGGUGUCUCAAACAUCAUUCCUCCAUCAGUAUUUCCAGCGCGCGUUUGAUGUUGGCAUGCGUGUCAAGUCCGGUCUUACUGCCAUGAUCUAUGCCAAGUCCCUUAGACUCUCGAGCGAAGGACGCGCUUCAAAGACCACUGGUGAUAUCGUUAACCACAUGGCCGUGGACCAGCAGCGUCUGUCCGAUCUGACUCAGUUCGGUACGCAGCUCUGGUCUGCGCCUUUCCAAAUCACUCUCUGCAUGAUCUCGCUCUACCAAUUGGUCGGAGUGAGCAUGUUUGCUGGAAUCGCUGUCAUGAUUCUGAUGAUUCCGCUCAAUGGUGUUAUCGCCCGAAUGAUGAAGAAGCUCCAGCUUGUGCAGAUGAAGAACAAGGACGCGAGAUCCAGACUCAUGACGGAGAUCCUAAACAACAUCAAGAGCAUCAAGCUCUAUGCCUGGAACACGGCUUUCAUGAACAAGCUGAGCCAUAUCCGUAAUGACUUGGAGCUGAAUACCCUCCGCAAGAUCGGAGCGACCCAGUCCAUUGCCAACUUCACCUGGCAGUCAACCCCGUUCCUGGUCUCCUGCUCUACGUUCACUGUCUUUGUUCUUACCGAAGACCGACCUCUGACCACGUCGAUCGUGUUCCCAGCCCUGACGCUCUUCAAUCUCCUCACUUUCCCAUUGUCAAUCCUGCCCAUGGUAAUCACCUCCGUGAUUGAGGCCUCUGUAGCCGUCAAGCGUUUGACUGAUUACUUUACCGCCGAAGAACUUCAGACAGAUGCCGUCAAGUACGAGGAUCCUGUGGCCCACGUUGGUGACGAAUCUGUCAGGAUUCGUGAUGCGUCCUUCUCCUGGAACAGGUACAAGGAUGAGACCGCUCUGGAGAACAUCGACUUGAGCUGCCGCAAGGGAGAGCUCAGCUGUAUUGUCGGUCGCGUUGGUUCCGGAAAAUCGUCCCUGCUUCAAUCACUUCUCGGCGACCUGUGGAAGACCGAGGGUGAAGUCGUUGUUCGUGGGCGUAUCGCUUAUGUCGCACAAGCCGCCUGGGUUAUGAAUGCUAGUGUUCGGGAAAACAUUGUCUUUGGCCACCGCUGGGAUCCUCAGUUCUACGAUCUGACCGUGGAGGCAUGCGCCUUGAUUGACGACUUCAAGAAUCUGCCUGAUGGUGACCAGACCGAGGUUGGAGAGAGGGGUAUCUCUCUUUCUGGUGGACAAAAGGCUAGAUUGACCCUUGCUAGAGCCGUGUACGCUCGAGCUGAUAUCUACCUCCUGGACGAUGUUCUCUCUGCAGUUGACCAACAUGUGGGACGCCAUCUCAUCAACCGGGUGCUUGGACGAAACGGUAUCCUCAACAGCAAGACAAGGAUCCUGGCCACGAAUGCUAUCCCUGUUCUGAAGGAGGCCGACUUUAUUGGCUUGCUUCGCGACAAGACGUUGAUCGAAAAGGGCACAUACGAACAGCUGAUGGCCAUGAAGGGCGAGGUCGCCAACCUCGUCCGUACCACUAUGAAUGACUCGGACGACGAGGGCUCAGGCGUCGAAAGCCGCGGACUCGCCAGCCCUGAAAGUUCCGAGACCACCACCGUCAUCGAGGGCCCUGAUUCCGACUUUUCCGACACCGACGAGGCUGAACAACAGAUUGGCUCUCUUGCUCCGAUCAAGGCCGCUGGUCCCCGCAGGACAAGCACAGUCACUUUGCGCCGCGCGAGCACUGUCAGCUGGCAAGGUCCUCGUCGAAAGCUAGGCGACGAAGAAAACAUCUUGAAGAGCAAGCAGACUCAGGAAACAUCGCAGCAGGGCAAGGUCAAGUGGAGCGUCUAUGGAGAAUACGCGAAGAACAGCAAUCUAAUUGCCGUUGCCUUCUACCUAGUCACCCUCGUCGGCGCGCAAACAGCGCAGGUCGGCGGCAGUUACUGGCUUAAGCACUGGACUGAGAUGAGCGAGACACAGUCUGGUUCAGCUGGCGCUGGCAAGUUUAUUGGAGUUUACCUGGCCCUGGGUCUUGGAUCGUCUUUCUUGGUUAUUCUUCAGAAUCUUAUCCUGUGGAUCUUCUGCUCGAUUGAGGCUUCUCGCAAGCUCCACGAGCGGAUGGCCUUCUCUAUCUUCCGGUCCCCGAUGCGCUUCUUCGAGACGACACCGUCUGGUCGCGUUCUCAACCGAUUCUCCAGUGACAUAUAUCGCAUUGACGAGGUUCUUGCCCGGACAUUUAACAUGCUUUUUGGAAACUCUGCCAAGGCGAUCUUCACCUUGCUCGUUAUUGCUAUCUCCACCCCUCCAUUCUUGAUUGCGGUCAUUCCCUUGGGAUAUGUCUACUUCAGUUACCAGAAAUACUACCUUCGCACAUCUCGUGAGUUGAAGCGUCUCGACAGCGUCACUCGGAGUCCCAUCUUCGCGCACUUCCAAGAGUCCCUCGGAGGAAUCUCGACGAUCCGCGCGUACCGACAAGAAGAACGGUUCAGCCUGGAGAACGAGUGGCGUAUGGAUGCGAACCUCCGUGCCUACUUUCCAUCCAUCAGCGCGAACCGAUGGCUUGCCGUGCGCCUCGAGUUCAUUGGCUCGGUUAUCAUCUUGGUGUCUGCAUUGCUCUCGAUCAUCUCUGUUUCGACCGGCAGCAAGCUGUCUGCGGGAAUGGUUGGUUUGGCCAUGUCCUACGCUCUCCAGAUCACGCAGUCUCUCAACUGGAUCGUCCGACAGACUGUCGAGGUUGAGACCAACAUUGUGUCUGUCGAGCGUGUGCUUGAGUACGCGAGCCUUCCGAGCGAGGCGCCAGAGGUCAUCUUCAAGAACCGCCCGCCUACCGGAUGGCCGGCGCAGGGAGCGGUGUCGUUCCACAACUACAGCACCCGCUACCGUGAGGGCCUAGACCUCGUUCUCAAGGACGUCAGCUUGGAUAUCAAGCCUCAUGAGAAGAUCGGCGUCGUUGGACGUACGGGUGCCGGAAAGAGUUCGCUGACACUGGCGCUCUUCCGCAUCAUCGAGCCCACCGACGGCGGAAUCAGCAUUGAUAACCUGGAUGUCUCGACGAUCGGACUGCGUGAUCUCCGUGGCCGCCUGGCCAUCAUUCCCCAGGACCCAGCCAUGUUUGAAGGGACAGUACGAGACAACCUGGAUCCCCGCCAUGUGCACGACGACACCGAACUGUGGAGCGUUCUCGAGCACGCCCGCCUAAAGGACCACGUCUCUCAAAUGGAGGGCAAGCUGGAUGCGCACGUUCAAGAAGGAGGAUCCAACCUGAGUCAAGGCCAGCGCCAACUGAUCUCUCUCGCCCGCGCGCUCCUCACUCCCAGCAACAUCCUCGUUCUUGACGAAGCAACGGCCGCUGUUGACGUGGAAACGGACGCCCUCCUCCAACGCACCCUCCGCAGCAACAUCUUCCAAGACCGCACGAUCAUCACGAUCGCGCACCGCAUCAACACGAUCAUCGACUCGGACCGCAUCGUCGUGCUCGAUAAAGGCCGCGUGGCUGAAUUCGACUCCCCUGCUACGCUGAUCAAGCAGCGCGGCAAAUUCUACGACCUGGUCAAGGAGGCUGGGCUGCUUGACGGCGAUGGGAAUGCCAUCACCGCACAGUGA